AUGUGGUCAUUUAACAAUGUGCACAAGGGCUUUGAAGACCACGCCUACAUGAAUGACCUGGAUGGCAUGAUCAAUGACUUCUACCACUGGCUCUUUGUGCACCAGAUUGACUUUGCCUUUGACCUGGACAAGGAGCAUAAGCAGAUGAAGGAGGAGAUGCAAAGGAAGAUUGCUUGUGACAAGUAUGAGGCAAGCUCUAUGUUGAUGACGCUUGCCUUGAGUGCACAAGACCAGUACAGCAGUGAAUAUGAGAUGCACGUGGAAGAAGAGAAAGAAGAGAAAGAAGAAGGUGAGGCAGUCACCAAGGCUGCCAGCCUCCUCAUGGAGGCGCAUGGACUUGACGCUGAGAUGAUUCUCGCAUGUGCAAUGCAUGUGCUUGGUGGCUAUGAGGGGCUUGUUCUGUUUGGUGAUGGUCUGAACACCAAGGCGCUUGCCUUCACCAUUGACAAUGGCCCCAAGGAGCUCAUUUGUUGGCGCUUCAAUGAGUGCAUUGAUCACCUCAUCGCAUUCAAGCUGAGUGGCCAAAUCCUCUACAUGAGUUGUGUUGUGGGGACAGGAGAUAUGGAGCUCUUUUGUCCCACAUGCUACUUCAAGAUGACCAACGCACUCUUCUUCAGUGGCCACAAUCUGCUCAGCCUGCUCUUUGGCGCAAACAAGAAGCUGGCCACAGAACAGCAAUUGCUCAAGCAAAAGUGCCAGGCCAGCAACAAGGGAGACAAAGGCGACAACAACAAGCGCGACAGAGUUUUCAGCUACAGCAAGGAAGAGAAGGUCAACAGAAGUGAGAGCAAGGUCAAGAGUGAGGUCAAGGUUGAGAGUGAGAGCGAAGAAACAAUAAAUGAUGUUGAGGACACACAAGGAGAUGAGCUGGAGGAUGAGGACGAUGAGCAAAUGGAAGAUGAGGCGAUCAUGGCCAUGGCAGCCAUCAACACCAAGAGGGCCAACAACAACAAUGAUGCACACAUUCCAGAGGACCCAAUGGGUCCAGCAACAGAGGAAGAGCUUAAUGAACACAAUCUGCCUCCAGGAGCCAUAGAGCACACAAUAGCAGACCUGAAGAACAAGGCGCUCUACAAGCACAUGCAGCACAACAACGCCACCAAGCGCACAAUGGAGGACCUGCUUCAUAUGCAUCAGAAUCCACCGUUCUGUUUCAGGAUGAUUGCUGAGAGCAUCCAUGUGCUGAGCAAGGCUGGUCAG